UGUUCUUUCUGGUUGUAGAAUGGCAAGGCAGAUGUGAAGUCCCUCAUGGCGAAAUUUAACACUGGUAACAACCCAUCAGAGGACGUUCCGGUUAGCAAUCAACCCUUCAAAAUCCCAGGACAACCUUCAUCUUCAGGACUACAGGCAAGGAAAGCUGCACUUGAGAAAUUUGCCAGUCCUCCUUCAGGUCCCAGUACCUUUCAGAAGUCUGCAUCUCCUAAACCGUCAUUUGGAGCAAAACCUUCUAUUGAAGAUAAACCAGAAAGGGAUCCAAAACCUCCCUAUCUAAAACAUAACCCUGUGGCACACAAGUUCGGGUCUCCGGUUAAUGCAGCUAACAGAGAAGCUGAUGGAAAAGCUGGAGUCACUAAAUAUCUGGGUCCUAAAGCCACUGAACUGUCAAAAGAAGAACCCAAGCCUGUGUUUCCAAAACCUCCUGUAAACAAGUUCCUUAGCUCUACUGCCCAGGAGAAUGACAUAAAGCCGCCAGGACCUAAACCGAAUUUUAAUUCUGCAGCACAAGAGAGUGAGCCAAAACCAGCAUUCCCCAAACUAGCUGGGGUUAAAGAAAAGUUCAUUGCUGCAUCACAAGAAAAUGACCCCAAGCCUCCUUUCUCUAAACCACCCCUUGGGCAAAAACCUUCUCUAAAUCCUGAUGUCUCCCACCACGAAGAUAUUUCCAACAGACAUGCUUUUCUGACUAAGGGAUCUUCAGGAUCUCUAGGCCCCAGACCAAAAAUACAUUCAUUUAAAUUACCAAAGGAAACAGCAGAAAAUAGCAGUAAUGGAACCGAUUCCCCAGGUGGUCAUUUUCCUACUGUGACUCUGAAAUCUAUUGGUAAUCGGAGCACCCCAGGACAGGUUCUAAAAAAUGUUGAGGAAAAGACUGAAGAUAAUAGGUCGGGGGUCGCCAAGAAUAUUUUCCUCAGUAAAAUUAAUCAGGAAGAUUCUGGUCCAACUCCUUCUAAAUUCCGCACGCCAACUGCCAAGCUUGUUGCAGGAGGACCAUUGGGCAGCUUCCACCAGAGAGAAGAGGGAGACCAGAAUUCUGCAACUCCCAAGCGCAAAGCAUUACCUCCAUUAUUUAAAUUGGGCCAGCCUCCCCAAAAGCCCAGCAGACCCCCAACUGUGGACCUGGAAAGAUUCCGAAAAAAUAGUGCAAGAGACAGCUCUAACAAAGAAGUUGUUAAACAGAUCUCCCACUCAGUGCUCUCCUCACCUCUACUUCCACCCUCCCAUUCUGCUACACAGACACCACCUCCUCCUCCUCCUUCAGCUUCUCACCCAUCAACACAAGCACCACCAGUUCCCAGCCUACCUCCCAGAAACAUCAAACCCAGCUCUGAUCCCUCAAGUCCAGACAAUGAACAAAGUUACGAUGAUGUUGAAUUUGGUUCAGAUGGUCAUGGAAAUACGGAUGGGGGUCAAGAGAGUGAUGGAGAGACGUAUGAAGAUAUCAAUGACAUCAGAGCCACAUCAAAAGAACAAGAAAAGAAGAGAGAGAAGGAAGAAAAGAAAAGAUUGGAACAAGAGAAGAAAGAACAAAGGGAAAAAGAAAAGAAAGAGCAAGAAAUCAGAAAGAGGUUCAAAUUAUCCGGACCCAUUCAAGUCCUUCAUCAGGCACGAGCUUGCAUGGACUACAAGGGAGGGAAGAAUGAGCUGACUGUGAAACAGGGUGAUAAUAUUGAAAUCAUCCGUAUUACAGAAAACCCUGAAGGAAAGUGGCUGGGCAGGACAACAAAAGGAUAUUAUGGAUACAUUAAAACAACCGUGGUGGAGAUUGACUAUGAUUCUUUAAAAAGAAAACAAAGACCUUCCAUGAGUGCUUCCCUGAGACGUGUAGACAAUGACCAAGAAGUUUAUGAUGAUGUUGGAGAGCAGGACAGUAUCAGCAGCCAAAGUGGUGGUAGAAGUGGAACUGGAGUGAUGUUCCCACCUCCUGUCCCCGAUGAAGAAAUUUAUGAUGGAAUUGAUGACGAAGAUGUUAAUGCUAGCAUGAAUCCUCCAAUAAAGACGUUUGGGAAAGAUGCAGGAGACAAUGAUGUUUAUGAUGAUGUAGAAUCAUCCGAAUUCCCUCCUCCACCAAUAGAAAUUGGAUCAUCAUUAAUUAUGAAAUCUCUGAGCCUUGGAAGGGGUAAAUCAGAUGAGAAAGACACACGGAAGCUUAAAAAGAUGGAAAAAGAGGAGAAAGAGUUCAGAAAAAAGUUUAAAUUUGAAGGUGAAAUUAGAGUUCUUUAUUCCACUACGAUUAUCACAGAUCUGCCGUCUAAAAAAUGGGGAGCAAAAGACUUACAAGUGAAACCAGGGGAGUCAGUUGAAGUUAUACAAAUCAUAGAUGAUGCCAAGGUCCUGUGUAGGAAUGAAGAAGGAAAAUAUGGCUAUGUCCCAAGACGCAGUUUAGUGGAGAAUGAUGGAGAUAUCUACGAUGAUAUUGCUGAUGGUUGCAUCUAUGAUAAUGAUUAAUCUUGAAUACUGGUAAAGUGUGAGCUUCAUUGGGGGUAA